CAGAGAUUGAGCGGAUUAAGUGCGCCACGCAAAAAUAAUGGUGGUUUUAACUGGGCUGGAUCUUGCCGUGCUCAUGCCUACUCCUGUGUGCUUCAUUGAGAACGCCCUGGACGGCUCCCUCCGGGUAAACCGUGCGGCGCUGGACAUCCUCGCAAGUCACCAUGAGCCUGUGGUGGUGGUGUCCAUAGUGGGACUGUACAGAACGGGGAAGUCUUACUUAAUGAACUGGCUGGCAGGAAAAACGCAAGGUUUCCCCCUUGGCUCCACGGUUCAGUCUCACACUAAAGGGAUCUGGAUGUGGUGCUUGCCUCAUCCCCUCAAGCCGAACCAUUCCUUGGUGCUGCUGGAUACGGAAGGUCUGGGCGAUGUCUCGAAGGGUGAUCAGAAAAAUGACUGCUGGAUCUUUGCUCUUGCCGUACUUCUGAGCAGUACCCUUGUCUACAACAGUAUGGGUACAAUCGAUCAAUAUGCCCUAGAAAAACUGUAUUUUGUCACCGAGCUGACGGAGCUCAUUAAAGUUAAAGCGAGCGAUGAUUUCCAUGAAGAUGAUGAGAUUGAAUAUUUGAAGAUUUUUCCGACGUUUGUCUGGUGCAUCAGGGACUUCAGUCUAGAGCUGAAAAUUGAGGGCAAAGUGGUGAAUCAGGAUGACUAUUUGGAACAUGCUCUGCUGCUGAAGAAAGGUAAUUCCAAAAAGGUGAUGGAAUAUAACUUGCCCCGGCAGUGCAUCCGAAACUUUUUUCCCAAACGGAAAUGUUUUGUCUUUGUCCGGCCGGUUGCCCGUGAUCUGCACACAGUGGAGCAUAUUCCAGAACAGAAGCUAGACCAGAGCUUUGUUCAGGAGUGCCAGCGGUUCUGCAAAUACGUCCACGAAACAUCACAAGUCAAAUGUCUCAAGGGAGGCCAUGUCAUUACUGGCAGAAUGUUGGGUAUGUUAGCCAGCAGCUAUGUCUCUGCUAUUGCCAGCGGGGCUGUCCCUUGCCUGGAUGAUGCCGUUACCUCUAUGGCCAGGAUAGAAAAUGCUGCUGCUGUAAGAGAGGCCUCGGAUUACUACAGACAACAGAUGGAGCAACUGGUAAAAAUGCCAACAGAAACAAAGGAGCUUUCAGACAUACAUGGGAAAUGUGAGAAAGAGGCCCUUGAAGUCUUCAUGCAGCGUUCAUUCAAAGACCAGCAUCAAGAGUAUCAACAACAAGUGGUGUGUGAUCUCGCACAUCAGUAUCUGGAUAUCUGUCAGAAGAAUCAGCAGCUUUCUGUGGAGAAAUGUCAAGGUCUGCUUCAGAGCUUUUCUGUAGAAAUGGAUCAGAAACUGCAGGAGGGGAUUUACACUCGACCUGGUGGGUACCAGCUCUACAUAGAGGACAGGAAUCUGAUGGUGUCCAAGUACCACUCUGCACCUGGAAAGGGAAUCAAGGCUGAGGUGAUCCUUGCAGAUUUUCUUAAGAGGAAGCAAAUGGAGGCACAUGCCAUAUUGCAAGCUGAGAAGAAGCUGUCUGAAGCUGAGAAAUUGUUGGCCAGUGAAAUGGAGAAGGCAACCCUGAUGGAACAGGUGAACAAGGCUCGGGAAGAGGAACUCUUUGGGCUGAAGCAACUGAGGGAGGAUGAGAGAAGAACCAAUGAGGAAAAUCUUCGGCAGAUGAGGAUGAAAAUUGUGGAGGAGAGAGAGGAAAUGUUAAAAGAGCAGGAACAGGCCUUGGAAAGCCUGAUGGCUGAGCAGAAGGCAGUAUUGGAAAAGGGUUUCCAGGAAAAAGCUGAGCUUAUAGAAGAGCAAAUUCAACAGCUGAAGGGUCAGGAGCAGCAAACAUGGGCUGGUGGCUUUGUGGGUAUUAUAGAUUUCAUUGGAAUCCUGCGCUCUAUAUUCAAUGCAGCAAGAGCUGUUGCCACCAGUUUUAUUGGUGAAGUAGAGGAAUAAUCCAUUCAUAGAUGUAGAUUCUUGGCAAAUUGACAAAACUAAAGUGGAAAGAUUUCAGUAUUGCAUUGAAUAGAUGAUAUAUUGCACAUGGUGUAAUUGACAUAGCACUUAUAAUGGAAAACUAAAUGCCUUUUGUACAGUUGGUAUAAAAUAAAAUUUAUUCUGGUUCACCAAAUUAAUCCUUGGGGUGGUGGGAUUGCCUUGAGGAUAGAUUGGGAAGACAGGAUCUAUAUUCGCUAUGUUUCGAAGAAUGAGUGUUGACCUUAUUGAAACUUAAUGAUUCUUGCAGGGUGGGUGUAGAUAAAAUGCUUCCCCAGGCUGGUGAAUCUAAAACCAGGGGGCAUAAUCUCAUGAUGAGGGGCAGGCCAUUUAAGACUGAGGGGGGAUUUCUUGAUUCAGAGGAAGAUGAAUCUUUGAAAUUCUCUUACCCAGUGGGCUGUGGAAGCUCAAUCAUUCUGCAUAUUCAAAGCAGAAGUCAAUACUUCUGGAGACUAAUGACAUCAAGGGAUAUGGAGAUGGCACAGAGAAGUGGUGUUUGAGGUAGAUCAGUCAUGAUCUGAUCGGCUAAGCAGGCUCGACAGGGUGAAUGCCCAACUUGGUUCUCAGGAACUUUCUUGCUGAAGAACUUUUGCUAUCAAAGGCAAUUGAUGAUGCAUUUCAUUUUAGUGUGUGGGUCAAGGCUGCAUUUAAUGGAUGGCAAAGUGCCAAUUAGGAAAACUGAGCCAUCAAUUUUGCUGUACAAGGUGAGGACACAAAUUAUCUGCACAUGAUAAUGGUCACUCUUGUAAUGAGCUGCCCUAUGUGUACAGCUGUCUCAACUUGCCUUAAAUGUCCAGGCUAAUAUUGUAAUUGUUCAGACUAGGUGUUUU